GGUGCUGGUGCAGAUUUUGUCAUGCUGGGAGGAAUGUUAGCAGGACAUGAUCAAUGCGCUGGUGAAGUCAUUGAGAAAGAUGGUAAGAAGUUCAAGCUGUUUUAUGGCAUGAGUUCAGACACCGCAAUGAAGAAGUACGUCGGAGGGGUUGCAGAGUACAGGGCAUCUGAGGGCAGGACGGUCCAGGUGCCCUACAAAGGUGAUGUGGAAAACACCAUCAGGGACAUCUUGGGUGGCUUGCGCUCCACCUGCACAUAUGUAGGAGCUGCCAAACUGAAAGAACUGAGCCGCAGGACGACCUUCAUCAGAGUCACACAGCAGUCUAGCCACAUGUUCUCCUAGACACGCAUCGCUGAAAACAUGCACACUCACAAAUACAGAGUCACCUGUAAAGUAAUACACAUACAUACUCUUAAAAAGGUUCCAAAAGAGAGUUUUCAUAGUGAUUGCAUAGAAGAACAAUUUUUGGCUCUUUUUUUUUUCUUCUUCAGAGUGUUAAGAACAUUUUAAAGGUGCUGUAUGUAAGCUUUGACUCUUCUAAAGUAUAAAAAUGGGGUGGGGGUUGGUGGCAAGGUGUCAGGGGUUAGAUGUCUGAAUAACACAGCUGAGAACAGGGUUAUUAACUGUACUAUGCACCGGGUUUCAGGAGGGCGGAUACUAAACUAAAGUCAGCAACCCGGGUUUGUUAUCGACUGUACUAAAAAGCUGAGGAUUGUGUGUGUGUAUGUUUGUGAAAUUACAGGAUUUUUCUGGGAGAAAUUACAAAACAGGAGGGUCGUGGGAAAUGGGUCUGAAAUACAGGAGACUCCUGAGAAAAAUGGGAGUGUUGGCAAUUUGGCAACGCAACAGAAAUUUAACUACAACCAUUCAGAAGCACAGAAUAGUGCACUCACUGCAAUCCAACAAACUUGUAAGGUUUAUAAUCUAAUGAAUAAAUAUUAAACCUCUUUAAAUGGUUAAAUGUACAUGCUGAAUUACUGAUAUGUGUUGGCUUGCACUGAGUCACAGUUCUAAAACUCUAUUUCAAACAGUUUAAUAUAUUUUAAGGUGACGCAGUAGGUAGUGCUGUCGCAUCACAGCAAGAAGGUUGCUAGUUUGAGCCUCGGCUGGCUCAGUUGGCGUUUCUGUGUAGAGUUUGCAUGUUCUUCCCGCGCUUGUGUGGGUUUCCUCCGGGUGCUCCGGUUUCCUCCACAAGUCCAAGGACAUGCGGUACAGGUGAAUUGGGUAGGCUAAAUUGUCCAUCGUGUAUGAGUGUGUAUGGAUGUUUCCCAGAGAUGGGUUGCAGCUAGAAGGGCAUCCGCUGCGUAAAACAUACGUUGGAUAAGUUGGUGGUUCAUUCCACUGUAGCAACCCCAGAUUAAUAAAGGGACUAAGCCAGAAAAUGAAUGAAUAAAUUAAUAUAUUUUCAAGAUCUGAGGUGAACUAUCUGCUGCUGCUUUCAGUUGUCAGGCAAUAAAUGUCAUGUAAAAUGGCAUUUAACCUCACAUUAUUAGCAUUUAACACUGAAUAAAGCACAUGAGGAGUACCUGGGGUGAUCAUUGUCAGUUUUCUUUUGUUCAGCUGCAAGAAAUAGAAGCCAUUUAAUUUCUUCAGGUGUUGCUUAGGACAAAAACACUGUUAACAUCAACCUUUAGACUCGACAGUCAAGCACACUCCUGUUGGUGUCAUCAAUCUGGCAACCUGUGCUUGUGUGCGUUUUGAGCCUGGUGUGCAAUACUUAGUUCAACCACUGGGUGUCAAACUUACAUACUGCAUCUUUAAUGAACGUUUUACGAACUGAAUUUGUAUUUUUUUUUUAUCAAAUUUUAAACGUUCAAACUGGACUUUGUAAAUGUGAAUUGUGUUGUGGAUGGAUGCAUUUUAUUUUGUAAAUUUAUUAUUUCCGAGACUGAUCUGACUCCUCUUUUGGAACCUUUAUUUUUAAGAGCAGUGACACACCAAGCUGACGGUUACCCAAUGGGCAACAUCAGUGAGUGUUGAUGGAAAUUGGUGUCAGGGUCAUCAAUGAGAAACCAAUACAGCAAUCCGGGUAGACUGUCCCUUUAAAUGAGCCCAGGCAUGUAUAAGAAAAAAAUAUACAUAAUCAAAUAUCC